CCUUUGCGCGUAUAGAAGACGGUCAAAUGGGGAGACUGAAGUUCCAUUCCACUUGGGCGUCUAUUGCCUUCCUAAAUGCGCUAUCUUUUCCAGGAAAAGAAAUUUCAAACUGUGUAAAUAUUGAAUCUAUAUAAGAUAUCGUACGGAGUCUCAUUGGGGAUAUACUUUCUCCUGGGUUAUGAAAUUUAGUUGCUGAAUCAUUUGACGCAACUAUAACUCUUAAUCCACUACAGAGGAGUUUGCAGGUCGCAGUUGGGAUAAGUUGAGAUAGUACAACUUUGAGAGACAAAAAAUGGGGCGUGGUGGAAGGAGGAGGGUGCAUUUCAGAAACAUGCACCCUUUUUCAUGUUUCAAGGCAUCCUCCAAGGAUGAGCAUUCGCAAAUCGGGGGACCGGGAUUUUCCAGGAUGGUUUUCUGCAAUGAACCAGACUCUCUGGAGGCUGGAAUUCGGAAUUAUGAAAAAAAUCAUAUCAGCACAACGAAGUAUAACCCUAUUAAUUUUGUGCCUAAAUCCUUGUUUGAGCAGUUUAGACGGGUGGCCAACUUUUUCUUCUUGGUUGUUGGUAUUCUCUCCUUCACUCCUUUGGCCCCUUAUACAGCUGUCAGUGCUAUCAUCCCUUUAAUUAUUAUUAUCGUGGUAACGAUGGCGAAAGAGGGUUUAGAAGAUUGGCGGAGAAGGCAGCAGGAUACUGAAGUAAACAAUAGAAAGGUUUAUGUGCAUCAACGCGACGGCAUUUUCAAUCUUACAGAAUGGCAGAAUAUAAGAGUUGGAGACAUAGUGAAGGUGCGGAAGGAUGAAUUCUUUCCUACAGACCUCCUUUUACUCUCCUCUAGUUAUGAGAAUGGAAUCUGCUAUGUUGAGACCAUGAACCUUGAUGGGGAGACGAAUUUGAAAUUAAAACAGGGAGUGGAAGCCACUUCAUUUUUGAAUGAGGACUCUAGGUAUCAGGAUUUCAAGGCUGCCAUCAAAUGUGAAGACCCAAAUGCAAAUUUGUACUCUUUUGUUGGAAGUUUGGAUUUUGAAGAGCAACAGUAUCCUCUCACUUCGCAACAGCUUCUCCUUAGAGAUUCAAAACUCAGAAAUACAGACUACAUAUAUGGCGCAGCUGUGUUUACUGGACGUGACACAAAGGUCAUGCAAAACUCUACAAAGCCCCCUUCAAAGAGAAGCAGAAUUGAGAGGAAGAUGGACAAAAUUGUGUACUUCUUGUUUUUUACUUUGUUUAUGAUGGGCUUUGUGGGAUCGAUCGUCUUUGGCGUCACAACUAAAGAUGAUUUAGAAAAUGGGAGGAUGAAAAGGUGGUAUCUGAAGCCGGAUGAUUCUACAAUUUACUUUGACCCCAAAAAUGCAGAGGUAGCUGCAUUUUAUCACUUUUUGACGGCCCUGAUGUUAUAUGCCAGCUUCAUCCCUAUCUCUUUGUACAUAUCCGUAGAGGUGGUCAAAGUUCUCCAAUGCCAAUUCAUCAAUCAAGAUAUUCAUAUGUACUAUGAGGAGACUGACAAACCAGCACUUGCUCGUACGUCAAAUUUGAAUGAGGAACUUGGUCAGGUUGACACAAUACUUUCUGAUAAAACUGGAACACUGACCUGCAAUUCGAUGGAGUUCUUCAAAUGUUCUGUGGCUGGAAAAGCUUAUGGACGUGGCAUCACAGAAGUUGAGAGAGCUAUAAAUAGAAGAAAAGGUUCUACUGAAAAAGCAAAUGGGUGGGAUCACCAUAUUGAGAAUUCUGCUAAUAGGAAACCACACAUUAAAGGGUUUAAUUUUGAAGAUGAAAGGAUUAUGAAUGGGAACUGGAUAAAUGAGCCUCAUGCAGAUGUCAUGCAGAAGUUUUUCCGUCUGUUGGCCAUUUGCCAUACCGCAAUACCAGAAGUGGAUGAAAAUACAGGUAAGGUUCAAUAUGAAGCUGAAUCACCUGACGAAGCAGCAUUUGUGAUUGCCGCAAGAGAAAUUGGUUUCGAAUUCUAUGAGAGGACGCAGACAAGCGUAUCAUUGUCCGAGUUAGAUGUACAAACAGGCAACCAAAUUAAAAGGAAAUAUACAGUUUUGGACGUUUUGGAGUUUAACAGCACUAGAAAGCGGAUGUCUGUUGUAAUAAGAACGGAGGAGGGAAAACUACUACUACUUUGUAAAGGUGCUGAUAGUGUGAUGUUUGAAAGGCUUGCUAAGGAUGGUAGGGACUUUGAAAAGGAAACCAGAGACCAUGUGAAUGAGUAUGCUGAUGCAGGGUUGAGGACCUUGAUACUUGCCUAUCGUGAACUCGAUGAGAAAGAGUACAGAGAUUUUAGCAAGAAAUUUAAUGAGGGCAAGAAUUCUGUUAGCGCCGAUCGGGAGAUGUUGAUGGAGGAAGCAGCAGAUCAGACUGAGAGGAAUCUGAUUCUUCUUGGGGCUACUGCUGUAGAGGACAAACUUCAAAAUGGGGUUCCUGACUGCAUAGAUAAGCUUGCUCAAGCAGGAAUUAAACUUUGGGUUUUAACUGGAGACAAGAUGGAGACUGCUAUCAAUAUUGGUUUCGCUUGUAGUUUGCUUAGGCAAGGAAUGAAGCAGAUCAUAAUAAAUUUGGAGAGUCCCGAAAUCCAGUCGUUGGAAAAAGCCGGAGACAAGGAUGCCAUCAUCAAGGCAUCGAAGGAAAGUGUCCUUCACCAGAUUACCAAAGGAAAGGCUCUGCUGAAUGCAUCAAGUGGAAGUGCUGAAGAAUUUGCCGUGAUUAUUGAUGGGAAAUCACUUUCUUAUGCCCUAGGGGAAGAUAUGGAGAAAGUGUUCUUUGAACUUGCUAUUGGUUGUGCAUCCGUUAUUUGCUGCCGUUCAUCACCGAAGCAGAAGGCACUGGUUACAAGGCUAGUCAAAACAAAAACCGGAAAAACAACACUAGCAAUUGGUGAUGGUGCCAAUGACGUGGGAAUGCUUCAAGAAGCAGACAUUGGGGUUGGAAUCAGCGGUGUUGAAGGAAUGCAGGCGGUCAUGGCAAGUGAUGUUGCAAUAGCUCAAUUUUCGUAUUUGGAGCGUUUGCUGCUUGUGCAUGGGCAUUGGUGUUACAGGAGAAUUUCAUCAAUGAUCUGCUACUUUUUUUACAAGAACAUCUUAUUGGGCAUCACUCUCUUCUUGUACGAGGCACAUGCAUCAUUCUCAGGACAAACACUAUACAAUGAUUGGUACUUGUCUUUCUAUAGUAUCUUGUUUACGUCAUUUCCAGUGAGUGCUUUGGGAGUUUUCGACCAGGAUGUAUCUGCACAGCUUUGUCUGAAGUUUCCGCGGUUAUAUCAAGAUGGAAUUCAAGAUACCCUCUUCAGCUGGCGCCGAAUACUGAGCUGGUUCUUUAACGCGCUUUACAGUGCUAUCAUCAUUUUCUUUUUCUGCGCAAAAGCACUGGAGCACCAGGCCUUCAAUAGCGAUGGGAACACUGUUGGGAGGGAUGUUUUAGGGGCAACUAUAUAUACAUGCGUCGUAUGGGUUGUGAACUUGCAGAUGGCACUCUACAUCAGUUACUUCACCACAAUACAACAUAUUCUUGUUUGGGGUUCAAUUGCCGUCUGGUACCUAUUUCUCAUGAUCUACGGAGCAGUUUCCCCCUCCUCCUCUAAAGAUGCUUACAUGGUUUUCAUUGAAGCCCUUGCACCGGCCCCUUCUUAUUGGUUUGUCACACUUUUCGUGGUCCUCUCAACCCUCAUCCCAUACUGCAUAUACGCAGCGAUACAAAUUCGGUUCUUUCCUAUGUACUAUCAGAUAGUACAGAAGAUAAGCGUUGAGGGGCGAUCAGACGACUUUGAGUCGCGUCACAAUGGUUAUCAGAGAUCAGCACAGCCAACAGGCGUUGAUGGUAUUAAGGCUCGUUUAGCAAAACUACUUGUUUGCAUAAAGGAAAGGAGGAAAUAUCCUGAAGUAGUUCUUGGAAAUGGAAGGUAGUUGUCCAUUGAUGCAGAAAGCGUGAAUUUUGAUUUCUUCCUUGUUUUUUAUUUUUCUCAAACUUCUUGUGUUACAAUUACAAUGUAUUUAGUUCAGAUUGAAUAAUUUUCUUCUUUUCUUUUUUCAAACUUUUCUUCUUUACAAGGGAAGGAUGAGCCUUCCCUGUUGUUUGUAUGUAUAUGUAAUUUCAUCAGAUUCAAUUCAAUAUAUUCUUGAAUGGUUUUGUUUUA